CACUAGUAGCGAUGGUAAUGUCAAUGUUAUUAACACUGGUGAAAAAAAGCGAAAAACGCAAAAAUUAAAACAUUUCUUUAAUAUUUUAAUAAACUACAAUAAACAAGUUCAGCUUAAACAAUUGCACUAACGAAGCACAAAAGAUGACGGGACGCGGAAAAACAGGCAAAGGAAAAGUAGUGCGCGAUAAUAACCAGGAUAACGAUAUGGACGACUUUUUGGUUUACGCGGCCGAGAAAAUUAUACAAAAACGCGUUAGAAAGGGCACUGUGGAGUAUCGUGUGAAAUGGAAAGGCUGGAAUCAACGCUACAACACCUGGGAGCCAGAGGUAAAUAUCCUGGAUCGUCGCCUGAUUGAUAUCUAUGAGCAGAGCAACAAAUCCUCGGGCACACCCUCGAAGCGGGGUCUUAAGAAAAAGGAAAAGGAACCCGAUCCAGAGCCAGAAUCUGAAGAAGAUGAAUAUACAUUUACGGGAGAUGAUGUUAACGAUGGCGGCUCGGUAUCCACACCCACAUCCUCUACAAAUAAUGAUAUGGACAAAAAGGAAAAGAAACUACACCAUCAUCAUCAUCAUCACCAUCAUCAGCACAUCAAGUCCGAACGUCAGAGUAAUCGUCGUUCCGAAUCGCCGCUGACCAGUCAUCAGCAUCAUCAUCAUCACCACCAUCAGCAACAACAGCAACAGCAGCAACCAGAUGCGAAAAGAGUACGUCUAGAUCACAGCAAUUCCUCAACAUUUAUGCCCGAAGCAGAUACCAAUUCAUCUAGCUCCGAAGAUCAGCCCUUGAUAGGUACUAAACGUAAAGCGGAGGUCUUAAAGGAAUCUGGCAAAAUCGGUGUGACUAUUAAGACAUCACCGGAUGGGCCAAGUGCCUCUGCUGUAGCAACGGUCAAAACUCUGGCACAACAACAACAUCAGCAGCAGCAACAGCAACAACAACAACCUCAAUUGCAUAUGGAGGCAACUGAUGCCACCUCUAAUUUAACCAAAGCAGAGCAAAUUCCAUUGAUAAGCUCUGAGCCAGCAUCAUCAUUAUCAAAUGAGUCACCAUUAAACGAUGAAGAUGACGACGAAUCCUCAUCACACAAUCAAUCAGCUAUUCAUUCUCAUCCUCCUUCUACUCCACAAAUGAUGGAAAACAAUAAUGUAUCAAAACUAAGCCAAAAGCAACCUCAAAUACUAACACCAUUGUCACCAAGAGCAUUGCCGCCACGUUUCUGGUUGCCGGCCAAAUGCAAUAUAUCAAAUCGUGUGGUCAUAACCGAUGUGACAGUCAAUCUUGAAACGGUUACCAUACGGGAGUGUAAAACGGAAAGAGGCUUCUUUCGGGAGCGUGAAAUGAAGGGCGACUCAUCACCAGUUGCUUGAUCAUAAAACAAAAACAAAAAAAUUCUAAAAUUAUAUGAAAACCUCACAAAACUCAACUGUAAAUAAAUGAAAAGCAAACGAAACGCAACAAAAACAAAAAAAAAGGAGACAAAACAAAAUUACAACUUAUAAAUAGUUAAGAUCAAAAUUAUUUAUUUUAUUUAU